GGGCAGUUGGGGUAGGGCGCAAUUAGGGGGGCGUUGUAGAUUUUUUUCCUUCUUCUUUCUCCCACCCGGGUUACAUCUCGCCAUAGGAAACGGUCACAUUAAAACUCAGCCUUGAGUGCGUUUAUCCUUCCUUUCCACCAGCUCGCAGCACAGAUUUAGACACUGCGAGAGCCAGUGUGUUAUACCUUCCCUGGCUCCCUUCUCCCCCCCAACAACCCACUACCCCUUUCGUGCACCGAGCUUCGAUGCCCGGGCGUAAAAGAAAUUUCCACAUGAUUGCGAAUUGUGCAAGCGACGACGACGAUGACGACGACGUGCGGUUGCCGUGCUGCGGUGGGUACGAUUUUCUAUCAACUCGGGCACAUCGCACAGAACCAAGCAGUCAACCACGGGUGACAUCGGUUGCUGUGUAGCAACCGGUGCUGCUGUAUCGCCCAGAUCGUUUCAUGGCUUGCCCUGAGACUCGUCACCAUUCUCUAUCCCGCGCCUCGGCCCUGCUCGUGUGGUGGUGUUUAAUUAAAGGGAGGGUGGGGGGUGAGAUUAUACUCUCCACCUGCUGCAAAACCGACUCAACCCAACCGCCGACCUCAUUUAGCAUACCCCAAUGUCCCACCGCCCCCGUCGGUGUGUUGUCACAGCAUCAGCGGCGAAGGUGGUUUCACUUUUUGUGUGUCUGUUUCUACGACCAGGUCAGCAUGGUGAGCUUUUUCUUAUCUUUCUGCAUGAACCUGCUGCUGCCUCCUCACGAGCAGAAGAUAUUACUCACCAUCCUCCCCCACCCAUGUGGGUCGGUCGGUCGGUGUCGGUCUUUAACUUUUCUCGGUAGCCGUGGCGACACAUGUAGUGGAGCCCCCAUCGCACGCUGCUAACUAGAACCGGCUGCAGGGUUGCCUUGAUGUGUGUUUGUGAUUCAUCUUCAGCCCUCAGCGCUUCCUGGUAUAUGUACUGUAAGGGGCGGGUGGUGGGUUGUGCGAUUGUUUUGAGCCCGAGGGUUGGUGGAAAGAACGAGAGAGAGAGAGAAGGGCAUGUGAAUAAUCACUUAGAACAUGUUACCAUAAUCAGACACCGAGAAGCGAGAAACCGCGAGGGCCGGGUGUGUGUGUGUAUGUUUACAUAAUCCCCAUCGAUGACGGUGGAGAAUAUUCGAACCAGUCGAUGAUUAGCACAUUUUUUUCACCCCCCCAUUUCAUCCCCCCUCGUGCUACCUUUGUUUGGUGGGUGGUUUUGGACAAAGGAAAACUGCGUUCUAAUUUUUCGCUCAGCUCGCUGUUGUAGUGGGGCGGAAUGAUAUUGUCAGGGUGGCCACUCAACCGGGAAAACCGGGAAAACCGGGAAUCAGCCGGGAAUUUUAUUUAUCCGGGAAAAACCGGGAAAAACCAGGAAUUUCGCUUUAAAAACCGGGAAUUUGUCACAGCUCUCGUGUACCAAGUGUAUUUUCAGCCACCUGAUCUCUUUUGUGUAUUCUUCGCAACGUACCGCGGGCAUACCUACAUUGUCGCACCAAUGUGUAUGGAAAACACAGUCUGUUUCAUCGUCGUAUGGUACGAAUUGAUUGUACUUCUCAUUCGCACUGGUGCAAAACUUACGUUCGCCGAAUCGGGUACACGCUAUUCCGUGCGCCUGUAUUUUGUUCAACAAGCCGUAGGUUGCGGCAGUGGCGGAUUUAACGGUGGGUGGAAUGGGUGAUCCACAUUACGCCCCGUAUUUGUCCAGGCGAUAUGUAUUAUUUUUUGGGAACUUGUUAUCCCCCCUCCCCCCUUAAACAAUUUCAACGUAUCAACCACAUAUCACCAGUACAUUGGCCUUUUACGUUUCGGUUUGGAUGGUCUGUACCAUCAUUCCUCCCGAUUGUGUGAAGUCUCAGAAAUCGUGCGCGCACGUUGAUCUGCCUUUACUCCCACAGUCCAAUUGUUGCUCUAUUGUUUUCACGGGGUUUUGCUUUAGCCCAUCCAUUCUGCUCUAGUAGUAUGGAUGAGUCUUGCGGCGUUUCCGUUCCUGAGAAUCGAAGACAAACCGUUUCGAUAGCGCAUCCGUGAUCGUGUAUGGUAUGUGUAUAGAAUGAAAUCAAAAGCUUAAGCUGCAACAGAAUAAUGGAUGGAGUAUAUAAGAGUGGGUGGGUGGGGGGUGGGGGGCAGGAGAGUUCGAAUCGCUGGCUAGUUGGAGGCUUCGAUUGCCGUGGUUGUGGACACUUUUAGUUCAUUUUGCGGUUUGAGUUGAACAGCAUCGGAUGUGAUGUGAUAAGAUUUAAAAUUGGAUUGUCGAAGUGCAAGUGCAAAUCACGGUGUCGUUUGAAUUAAUUGAUAUUCAGUUUAUUGAAGUGUGUUUUUCAAAUUAUUCAAUUUGCUAUCAGGUAAGUUUUAUACAGCACUGGCUGCAAAUUGGUUAAUUUAUUAAUUAUUAAUAAUAGUCUCCCAUAGAUUGUCUGCUAUGCCUACCACAUACAAUCCAAACUAUGAAAAUUCAUUUCCAUGGUGUUCUCCUGACCCGAAGGACGUAUAUGCAGCGGUUUGCAAAUGGUGUAACAAAAAAAUAAAAAUCAACACUAUGGGUAGAGUGGCUUUGGUUAGUCAUGAAAAAAGCAAAGCACAUCAUCAUCAAGUGUUGGUUCGAAAAACUAACCUUCCAAUCAGCCAUUUUUUACCAAAUCAAAUCGUUGGUAAUAACCUGUUGUCGUCAUCUCCGUCACUUUCUUCAAUUUCCACUGCAAUGGCUACCCAAAUCUCAGCUUCAGAUUCUUCCACGAACACUGAUAAUCAACACUCUAAGGCUUCCAACGUCUUGAAUAGAUUCAUGCUAAACGAGCAAGUUACAAGUGCUGAAAUUGUGUGGGCUCUGGAAACUAUUGCCACUCAUAACUCCUAUCGCAGUGCUGGGGCUAACACUAAUUUAUUCAAAACUAUGUUUCCGGACAGCCAAAUUGCCGCCAAGCUCGAGAUGGGACGCACAAAACUUGCGUAUCUAAUAACUUUUGGUCUGGCACCUUAUUUCACAAACGAAAUAUUUAAGCAACUUGAUGUAUGUUCCGAAAUAGUAAUUGGUUUCGAUGAAACAUUGAACAAAGUUUCACAACGCCAACAGAUGGAUGUUAGUGUGAGAUUUUGGAAUGAAAAUAAGGAACAGGUAGAAUGUCGAUACAUUGGAUCAGCGUUUUUAGAUUCUUCUCGUGCAGUUGAUCUCCUUAACGGAUUGAAACAGUGCACAGAAAGAAAGCCUGCUCUACUGAAUAACGUGAUUCAGCUAAGCAUGGACGGACCGAAUGUAAAUUGGCGUUUAAUGAAGGACUUAUGCGAAGAACUUCGAAAUCUGCGUGGGGUACCAUCUUUUGAUUUAUUAAACAUAGGUAGUUGCGGCUUACAUGCUAUUCAUAAUGCUUUUAAAAAUGGUAUGAAGCACACUGAAUGGAACAUUGACGAGUUUUUGACAUCCCUCUAUUAUUUGUUCAAAGACUUUCCGUUGCGCCGUGCAGAUUAUAAAGAAACUACCGGAUCCAAUUUAUUCCCACUGAAAUUUUGUCCUAUUCGAUGGAUUGAAAAUUUGAAUGUGGCUGAGCGUGCAUCUAAAAUGAUUCCUUAUUUGAAAGUCUAUGUGGCUGCGGUCAAAAACCAACGUGACAAAAAACUCAAGGAAGGUCACCAUUCUUUCAAAAGGAGUUUUGCUGCAGUUGCUCAGUCUAGGCCAUUCGCUGUAAUAGAAAAGACCAUUUCUGAUGAAAUGUUGAGCCCAAAACUUGCCUUUUUUAUUUCCUCAGCUGGAUGUGUGGAACCCUUUUUGCGAGAAUUUCAAUGUGAUGCUCCUAUGGCGCCAUUUUUGUUUGAUGAGUUAACUUCAAUUACCCAUUCUAUAAUGAGUAAGGUUUUAAAAUCGGAAUGCUUAAAUGUAAAAGCUAAAGCGAUUACCAAUAUUGAGCUCAAAGAUAACAACACACUACCGACAUCGCAAGUUGAUAUAGGCUUUGGAGUCAAAGCGGCAAUUAAAACAAUAAUGACAAGUGGAAAAAUAUCUGAAAAGGUGAUCCUUCAGUUUAAGAACGAUUGUAAAGCUUAUUAUAUUGCAUUUUUAACAAAAAUUUGUGACCGUUCUCCACUGUCACACAGUUUUACACGAUAUAUCUCAUGUAUCAAUCCAGAGACCAUCACAAAAUCGCUUGAUAUUGCCUUGAAAAGGUUGGAGUACUGCCUAGAUUACAUGGUCCAAAGAGACCAUUUAGGGGGUAAUGUAGCGGACAAAGUUCGUCAGGAAUUCACAAAUGCGGUAGAAAUUUCUAGCAUAAAGUCAUCUCUAGCUGCCUACAAGCGACAUGAAUGUCGACUAGAUAAUUUUUGGUUUAAAGUUCUUGCGGAUUCGAGAAAAGAAUUCUCAAACUUAAGAAUUUUUUUAAAAAAAAUUUUAAUUCUAUCACAUGGCAAUGCAACACUGGAGCGAGGAUUUUCUAUAAACAAAGAGUGUCUGAUAGUUAAUUUAAUCGACGAAAGCUUAGUGGCGCAGCGAAUAGUAUACGACGCUAUUUUGAACGCCGGUGGUGUUUUAGGGGUAGACAUAAAUAAAUCACUCAUCCAGUACGCCCGAAACGCGCAUGGACGAUACGUCGAGAGCCUGGAGCAAAAGAAAAAGGAAAGGGCACAAAAGGACGAUGCCAGUGCUAGAAAAAAGACAACGAAUCAAGCACUUAAGGAAUUAGAAUUAGUUAAAGCCAAAAUUCUCGCAGAUGCUCAGAAAGAAGUAGCCUUAAUCGAAGAGAAAAUGAGUAAUUUGAAUAAAUAAGCUGUUUCAGCAAUCUUAUAAAAAACGUUUAUAAUGCUUAAUAGUUUUAUUUUUAAAUAAUAGUUUAAGGUUAUUUUAUUUAAUUCUUGUUACAUCGAUAACAUGCAGCUUUGCACUGUCAUACUAAUUAUAGACGAAGUUAUAAAUACUAUUAGAGUUACCUAUAACAUUGUCAAAAAAAUGCUUUGAAAUUUUAGUAUCGCAUAAGGCAAUCAACUACGGGCAAAUGAAGUGUAAUAAACCGGGAAAACCCCUAAAAAAUCCGGGAAAAACCGGGAAAAAACCGGGAAUUUCAAAUCCUGAUUCGAGUGGCCACCCUGUAUUGUGCAGAAUGGCAAGUCUCGAUUAGGGCAUUGAGUUUUCAUUUUUUCUUUAAAAUACAGGGUUUUCCAGUAGUACUCACAGCUAUCGGACACUUUAUUGGCUCUUUCUUAUAAGAAAUGAACUUAAUGUAAUGGGAAUUGGACUAUAUAGCACCCUUGUUGGACAAAUCCAAUAGGAAUUUCCAAGGAGCCUGUCUAAUAAGGGAUCCGAUAUCCAUCAUAUGAAGUGCACUUCCCAUAAGAAAGAGUCAAGGAAGGUGUCCCACAACUGUGAGAACCCCUGGAGAACCCUGUAAGGUUUACGUAAUGUCUACAGUUAGGUUUAAAUUGACAGGAUUAGUUUUAAUCUGAAACAUACAUAAAAAUAUGCUUCGUACUGCAUCAUCAUUAUCUCUCUGCAUGCUCGGGAGCUGUAAAAUGUCGUCUAAUCAUAGGACACACUCGAAGAAAUUCCUGUCAAUUCACGCUACACGCAUGAAGAUGUCAAUCGCUUCCUCUAAUCGCAAGACACACACACACACUGGACAGCCUCCUUCCGUAGAUUAGUUAUCAAACCCAAAGCAUCUUUCAUACAACCCGACCCAAAGUAGGCUUGAAGUACUACUGUAAAAAACCCCUCUCGAAACACACAUGAUAACAAUAAAUGAAAGCGAGCGACAGUGUUGCCUUUUUAUUGGACCCACGACUUGAGUCACGCUGGACGAGAGAGGACAGAUAAGCACAGCCCCGGUGGUAGGGAUACUGCUGCCUCCUCCACACCUACCACAACGCGAUAAUUAAAUCUUGUUGCCACUGGAAGUUGCUCACCACCCACCCAGGGCCUGUGUUGAUCCUGUUUCCGUGUGUUUGGGCAGUGUGGGCCUAUCUGUGGCGUCAGAAAUAUCAGAUAGAGAACGGAGAAGAGUCCACAAAACGCCAUCCUCCGCCAAGGCACGUUGCACUCGCGCGCAAAGCUAGCUUCCCCCGCCACACAACCACCGCCGAGUCUAGAGCAACAGUAGAAAACAUCGCUUCAGAGUUUUUUGUUUCUGCUUCUCCAACCAUACAUCGCAUCCGGCCACAGGAAGGCGAAGGUUUGAGGGUUUGGAAGCUGUGCAGAGAUAGAAAACGGCCCGUGUACACCGUUGUGGUGUGUGUGUGCGUACAGGAAAGUGUUAAUUAAGUUGAUCCAAAGUUCAGACGACACGUCCGUUGAUCCCGGGGCUCUUUGCCUUUGCACUACUUGUUGACUAACUGCCUACUGGGAUGCUUGUCGAAAAACUGUCCCUUUGCUCGAUCGGACAGACAUCUUCUGGUCACACCGGUUGCGACCCUGUCAAUCCAGCACACACACACACACCGACGCCCUCUUUCAUCGUCAGUCGGUGGGACAUGAGGACCUAAUUAAAUCGCGGUUACUAGUGGUGAGAAUAAAAAUAAAUGAAAUCACCGGUUCCUCGGGUGCCACUUAUGUCGUGGCCUUUCGUGACUUUCCAAACCAAAAAAAAAAAAACAAA